AAUGAUAAAAGUACUGACCUUGUUCUGGUAUUUUACAAACCAUAUACGCGCUUCAAUGAAAAAUGUUUGUAUUACAAGUAACCAGUAACUAUAUAAAUACUAAUACCGGUAUAUUUACUAAUCAACUAUAGCAGUAAAUGAGCAAUUUACCAGCAACCAAAAAACACAAUGUUGAGUGCUCAGUAAAGUCCAGAGAAACUGAGAUCUAGGUUGAUGAGGAGAAACUCUCAGUAAAAUCUAGGUCGGGGCUCCCUCCAAGGGGCUCACGUGUCGAUGGGGAGAGCAUCGAGCUUGCGACAGGAGGUCGUGACACGCCAAAAGAAUGUCGUUCACGGGUCUGCCCCUAUGGCCCGAGGUGCUCCGACACGGAGAAGAAGACGGUGUUGCUGAAUGCACCGCCGGGGAGGAACAAGUGUGGGAUGUGCGUGCGCGUGACUUCGACCGUCCACCCAAAGAAGACGUCGGCAAUGAUUCGGAUUGGGGAAUCGAUGCCAGAGACAAACUUCUCGAAUGUAGAUCGGAGCGAGAUGGAUCUGGAUGUCAACGCCUGGGGGCAGGCCGUGGUCGACCGAGGCGAAGUGCUGCUGCGCGUUUACGCCGCACCAAGUUGGGAUGCGUGAGAGGUCGGGUUGUGGAGGAGGAUGUCGUGGUUGGCGGUUUGAACGUUGUUGAGGAGAUGGUGGGUGCGCGAGGCGAACAUGGCAGCGGCGCGAGUUCGCCGUGGCGGCGGUUUGAUAAGGCCCUAACAGACCGAAGGAUAAAUCGGCUGAGACUGGGCAAGAUGCCGCCGGCGCACGCCGACACGGAGGGGAUGGCGGGGGUGAGGAGCGCCUCGGUGAAGAUGAGCGAGCAGUCGAGGCUGAGCGAGAAGGACCCGAAGGCGGCGGCGAUGGCGUAGGCGAUUAUGGGAUGCAGAUGCGGCGGUGGGGGGCCAACAAGUGCUUUGAGAGGAGGGAGUAGGAGAGGGAGAUGCUUAGAGGAGGGCAGCGGCAAAGAGAGAGGAGAGGGACAGGAGGCGACUGCGACACUGGCGAGCGGUUCUGCGUCGCUUCGAGAGGGAGAGAGAGCGGUUGUGCGUAUGGCCGAACAGGGAGAGCCUUAUCGGAGGCGCGGGAGGCAGAACGAGAGGGGAGGCAGA